AUGGUAGAGAAUCAUAACGAAACUUUUCAUGCCAAUUUGGAUAUUUUUCGAUCGGAUGAUUGUAUAAAUUCAGGAACGAAUACUAGCAAUGAUAAUAGUAAUGAUAAAAUGAUUGUAAAUCACAACAAUAAUUUAUCAACAGAUGAAAAAAUUUCAACCAUUCUACCUAUGAUGGCAGUUAAUGAGACGAAAGAAAUUAAUGAUGGAAAUAAUUUAUUAAAUUUAAAUAAUAUUGGUGAAUAUUCAAUGGAAAUGUUAGCACGAUUAACAUCAUCAGCUAUAAUAAAUCCAGAAAAUUAUCAUUAUGAUAAUAAUGAUAAUUGUACUAGUGCUAAUGCUAAUGCUACUGGUACUAGUACUGGUGAUAAUGGAAUAAAGAAACAAAAAUCACAAAAAUUUAAACCAUCAAAUGUUUGGCGACAUUUUAUGCGUUUAUCUGAUGGUAAUGUACGUUGUAUACAUUGUGGAAAAAUUUUAAAACGUAAAGAUAGCUCAACAAAAACAAUGUGGGGACAUUUACGAGCAAUACAUUCAAAAGAUCGAGAACGAGAACGAGAACGAGAACAACAACAGCAACAACAGAUUGGUCGAGAUUAUGAUAAAUUAAAUGGAAUUGAAAUGCAAACAAUGGAUGAAUUAGAUCGUAGUAGAAUUAUUACAACACAAAAUUGGCUUGAGCAACGAGUGGGUAUAUUGUGUGAUAAAACACAACAAACACAAUUGAUAAAUAAUGAAUUAAUUGGACAGUUGGAUGAAACAACAACAUCAUCAAUUGAAUCAUUUCGUUGGUCAUCAACUCAACCAUAUAACAAACGUAAUCGUUUAUCACCAUUAAUUUCAAAUGGCUAUACAGCAAAUUUAAAAAAUAUUAAUCAUAAUGCAAUUAAUGAUUGUAUUUAUAAUGGCAAUAGCUUGAAUACAGCAUUUACAACAUUUGCACAAUUAGAUCAGAACACUGAAGAGAAAUCACGUAACUUCUUAUCAUCUAUUCCACAUACAUCUGAAAUAAUCAAUAUCACUGCUGGUUAUACCGGUAACACUGAUCAUCGUCGUUUAUCAUUUAAUGGAAAGUUAGAAGAGAAUAGUAAUGGUAAUGCUUUAGCAGCACUAAAUGCUUCAAACUCUUUGCUAACAUCAAUUCAAAAUCAUUUAAAUGCUACUGAUCAGUCUAUUGCAUCUCUGAGCACAUCGUUAGCACAUAUUUUAGAUUCAUUUUCAAUAUUUGAUCCUGAUUCGAUGGCAAUAUUUAUGCGAACAGCUACUGAUCUUGACUGUACCUUAUCAUUUCACUGUCGUAAUAAUCAACCGCAACUAACUUUUGAGUCAAAUCGUACCGCUGCUAAUGGAUUAAAAGGUGUAAAAGUAUGUAUGACUGAAAUGGACGAUGAAGUGCAAAUUGUAGUGCAAACUAAUGGAACUGAGCUUGAUAAGGAAUGUUGGAAAAAAACGGAUAGAGCACAAUUCCUAUGGGCAAUUCGUGGGAAAUGUCAGAAAAUUCUAACACAGUAA